AUGGGGGCAGACACAUUGGCGGCAGCAGUUACAUCACAUGCGGAGAGCGGAAUAUUGAGCAGUACGACGCUGGAAGAGGUAUCGGGUGUGGUAGAAGACAUGAUCAAAGUAUCGACGGAAGACGGGCAGGUGCUGGAGUCUGGCCCAGCGGCUUCUCUUUUGCAGACUGUAGGUGUUCUCCUACACGAGAGUAAUGUAUCAUCGUCGGUCGCUGAAGGUAACGGCUACUACUCCGGCAGAAACGGCACCCUCAUGCUUCUCGGCAGCCUUGGACGCGCUGUGGCGAUCGGAUCCGAGGCGGGUGAAGAGGUGGAUCAAGUCAGUACUGGCUCUGUCGAUCUGCAGGCAGCGAAGGUCGCCGAGUCCUCCAUUCAUGAGGCUGUUGUCUCUGUUGGCGAGAACGGAGCACAAGUGUCGUUUGAAGACUGGAUGGCACCGGCCGGCGUCGAAGACAAUUCCACGUUCGUUGUGGCGGUGACAUCGCUAGGCACGUUCGAAUCGGAAGAGCCAAGAAACAUCACAACAAUCAACGCGUGGGAUGCAGAAGGCAGAGCUAUCCACGACUUGGCCUUUCCUGUGAAGUUCUUCGUUCCAACCAAGGUGGUGAUACCGCCAUGGGCACCAGAUGGCAUUACGCCCACUUGUGCGUAUUGGUCCGAAGUUAGCAACGAGUGGAAGUCGGACGGCAUCGUUCUAGGGUCUUCUACCAAUGAAGUGGGCGGAGCCUCCUCGAUAACCUGUUCGACCUUUCAUCUGAGUCCUUUCGCGAUAGCACAGGAACAGAGCGCAUCAGUUCAGUGGAUUACCGCCGACCGGCUAACAGACACCAAUGUUCUACGAGAGUAUUGGGCUGAAAGCUGGCCGGCCAUCCUGUUCCUGAGCAUGGUCAUGGUCCUUUUUCUGGCGCCUGCUGCGUUGCUGCACUGGCAGGAUAUCAAGCGGGGUGUAGACCAUCAGUAUCUCGCCAUUCUGCGACACUCAUACCUGGGCCGGGGCAGGUGCUCUCGCGAGGACCAACCGGUGCAAUCCCGGAUGAAGGAGAAAGCGCGCGAGGCACACAAAUAUGUUGCCAAUAGCAACCAGCUGGAUAGCGGCUACCUCCAGAUCCACAAUAUUGCACCAUCGAAGAGAACGGACUGUUUGGCUACGGCUUCUGCGAAGAGCGUAUUUAUGAACCAUGCCUGGCGACAUCUAUGGGGCUCGCCGACCGAGCACUUCAAGAAGACGCUUCUCACGAGGUCUCAGCACCUCGUGAUACUGCUAGCUGACUGGAUGAGCGCGGUGGCUCUCCAGGCAGUAUUCUACGGCAAGAGUCAAGUCAGCAUUCGGCAAAAGGUACUUUCGAUCUCUGGCGCAAGGUAUCGCGUGAUCACAUCCGUUACUUUUCGAUGA